GGUAGCAGUAGAUGAAGUAGCAAGGCACCCUGAAUAAUUCCCGUCUCCCUCUUCUCCUCCUCUCUGGUAAACAGAAGGCCUGAUGCUGCGGAAACCUACUACCGGCGGUAAGGGAAAUCCCUACGGAAGUAGCGGCGGCGGCGGCAGUGGAGGCGGCGAUCUCAACGGCAACGUUCGAUUCCUUCACGAGAUCGAGGCCCUUAGCAAAGCCCUCUCCGUCGAUCCGAAGCAACCUAACCGGCCCCGGCUCCUCCCUUCCUCUUCCAACUCCGGCCGGCGUUCCGUGUCGGCUGGCCGAUCCGCCGCCAGUCCUGCCUCCUCCUCUUCCGUGUCGAACAAGGAGAAGAAGAAGGCCGGAUCGUCGUCGUCUCGUUGGGGCUGGAACCCUAUCAAGAAAGCGCUCUCCCACAUCGGCGGCCACCACCGCCGCUUCGACUGCUGGUUCACCCUCCGCGUACACUCCAUCGAUGGGCUUCCGCCCGCCUUCGCCAGCGCAGCGCUCAUCGUCCACUGGCGCCGGACCACCGAUCCCGUUGCUGCCGCCGUUGCCACCCGCCCCGCCCGCGUGGUCCAUGGUGGGGUCCAGUUUGACGAGACGCUCACCUACCUCUGCCCGGUGUCCGCCUCCCGUAGUGGGCCGGGUGGCACGGCUAAGUAUGAGCCGAGGCACUUCCUCAUCUACCCCACCCUGGUGGGCGGCGCCUCCCCUGAUCUGGACCUCGGGCGCCACCUUGUUGACCUCACCCGUGUGCUUCCGUCCACCCUCGAGGAGCUCGUCGAUGAAAAGGCGAUUGGGAAAUGGAGCACGAGCUUUCGGCUGUCGGGGAAGGCGAGGGGCGCUUCCCUCAGCGUGAGCUUUGGAUUCUCCUUGGUCGAGAGUAUGUCUGUGGAUCCUGGCUUGCAGGAGAAGAAGAUCUCGGAGAUGUUGAAUUUGAAAGAGGUUGAGUUCGAUUUGCUAAAUCAGAAGGAUCCUCCGACUCUAAUGGAAAACCAGCUUCAACAAGGCGAUCGGUCUGGGUCUGUUGUGGAUGUGAAGGUGCUUCAUGAAGUAUUAAAGAGCUCGAAUUCUGAGACGUCACUCUUGGUUAACCGAGAGAAGGAAGCAGAGUCAGAGAACGAUGCAAAACAUUCUACUUUGGAUGAUGAUGCAAAUCCCGAUUUUGAGAUCCCCCAUGAACAGAAGCAAUUGGAUGAGGUAAUAGUUAGUGAGUCAUUGGAGCCAUCCGUAGGAAUAAUGGAGGAGCCACAAUUGCAGAAAUCUUCUAUUUCUACUGAGAAUGUGAAAGUGAAUGAUAUUCAGCAGCAGGUUGAGCCUGAAUUCACAGUGAUUGAACAGGGAACCGAGAUCGCUUUCAAAUAUGAAACCCAUGAAACCAGUACUGAAGUUGAGAAGGUCAGUGUCAAGGAUAAAAAUGAAGUUCAAGAAGUUGAGUAUGAUAAGGUAGGAAGAUUGGAUGUGAAGUUAGAUAAAACAUUUGCUGAGACAACUGAACAUGACAGACAUAAUCCAGAAGAAGAUAUGCUACCGAGCGUGGAUCAGGAGAUAGAAGACUUGGAAUCUAUCUUCGAUAACCUCUCCAUUUUUGGAGCUAAGGAAUUUGAAUCUCCAACUACUCAAGUUGAAGCAAUCAAGCAACAGAGUCUUGGAGAUAUUGAGAAUCUUUAUGAGAGGCCAAGCUCACUGAGUAGAUCCCGUAGCCUAGAUGUUGUCACUGAAUCUGUUGCCAGUGAGUUCUUAAGCAUGCUAGGGAUAGAGCAUAGUCCUUUUGGAUUGAGUUCAGACAGUGAUCCAGAAUCACCAAGGGAGCGGCUGUGGAAGCAAUUUGAGAAGGAAGCACUGGCAUCAGGUGAUGCUCUUUUUGGUCUUGACACUGAGUUGGAGUCUGCUGCCUACUGGGAUGAAUUUCCAGAGGAUCUUGAUCUCUCAUUAGUUGCUAAUGAAGUUGAGAUUGAAUUUCAGAAUACCAAGCUAGUUAUGAACGACAAAUCCAGAGCUAAGAUGCUAGAAGAUGCAGAAACAGAAGCUUUGAUGCAAGAAUGGGGCUUGCAUGAGAAGGACUUCCAUUCUUCUCCACCUGGUAGUAGGGAUGGAUUUGGUAGUCCUAUACACCUGCCGCCAGAGGAUCCACUUGAAUUACCCCCACUUGGUGAGGGUUUGGGUUCCAUUCUCCAGACAAAGGACGGCGGCUUCUUAAGAUCUAUGAAUCCCUCACUCUUUAGUAAUGCAAAAAACAAUGAGGACUUAGUCAUGCAGGUAUCCAGUCCCAUUGUGGUCCCUGCAGAAAUGGGUUCUGGGGUUAUGGAAAUAUUGAAGCAAUUAGCUUCAAUGGGCAUUGAAAAAUUAUCUAGGCAAGCAAGCAAACUAAUGCCUCUAAAUGAUAUAACUGGGAAGACAAUGGAACAGAUAGCCUGGGACUCAUCAACUGCUCUAGAUUCUUGUGAGAGGUAUGACUUAUUGGAGAAUCACUACCCAGAAGUAGAGGCAAAUGUUUCUCAGAAUGUCUAUGGGCGGAGGAAGAAAUUGAAAGGGGCUGCCCAACCUUCCUGCUCCAGGGGUGAAACCAUCUCAGAAUUUGUUUCACUCGAGGAUCUUGCUCCAAUGACAAUGGAUAAGAUCGAAGCCCUAUCGAUUGAGGGUUUAAGAAUACAAUCAGGCAUGUCCGAUGAAGAGGCGCCCUCAAACAUUAGCUCCCAAUCAAUUGGAGAAUUUUCAGCUUUGCAGGGAAAGGAAUCUGGCAAAAACUGUUCAAUAGGCUUGGAGGGCUCAGCUGGAUUACAACUUUUGAACAUUAAAGAUAAUGGAGAUGAAAUUGAUGGCUUGAUGGAUUUGUCUCUCACACUCGAUGAAUGGAUGAGACUCGACGCAGGUAUCAUUGAUGAAGAUCAAGUCAGCGAUCGAACCUCGAGGAUUCUUGCAGCUCAUCAUGCCAAUUCCAUGGAUUUGACUGCCUGUGGAUCGAAGGGUGAUAAAAGAGGAGGAAAAAGAUCUGGCAGGAAGUGGGGAUUGUUGGGGAAUAACUUCACUGUUGCUCUGAUGAUCCAGCUUAGGAAUCCUCUGCGGAAUUAUGAGCCAGUGGGCACACCGAUGCUUGCUUUAAUUCAAGUUGAGCGAGUGUUUGUUCCCCCAAAACCAAAAAUAUACAGCACAGUUUCAUUACUAGGAAAUAGUGAACAAGAAGAUGAGACAGAAACCGAAAAGAAUCCAUUGGCUGAGGAGAAGCAUGUAGAUGAGGCCAUUCCUCAGUUUAAAAUCACUGAGGUCCAUGUUGCUGGUCUAAAAUCUGAACCUGAACCCACCAAGAAAAAUAUAUGGGGCAAUCCGAAGCAGCAGCAAUCUGGUUCCAGGUGGUUACUUGCUUCCGGAAUGGGUAAGAGCAAUAAGCAUCCAUUCAUGAAAUCAAAGUCAGUUGUGAAACCUUCUGUUGAAAUGACAAGCAAGGUGCAUCAAGGAGAUACUCUUUGGAGCAUUUCUUCUAGGGAUAAAUGGAAUGAUGCAGCUGCUCUAAAGCCUCGCAGAAGGAACCCUAAUAUCGGCCUUCCUAGUUAAGCUAUCCAGCUUGUGUUGAAGGAUACUGAUAAAUGUGUUGCAACAGAAGAUAUAAGCCAAUCACAUAGAUGACUCGGUUGAGCUGCAAGUAAGCAUUUUGUUCAGUAUUAGCAGCUUAUGAUGGGAGACAUUAGGAUCUUUGUGAUGCCAUGUAUGGAUUAAAAAUGGUGGCAUUUCACUAUUUUUAUCUCCCUCACUGAAUGCAAGUUGAAUGAAAAUAAAUUUGAAAAUAGAGUGCUUUUGACAUUAUUUGGAA